CGGCUCUUGGCCCUAAAGCCACCUCGCAGUGGCGUAUCUGCCAGGCUCGAGGGGGGAGGGAGCAAAACGCAAAUCCCCCCUACAAAUAGACCCCGGCCAAGCCAGCCAACCUCUGCCCUCGGCCCUUGCUUCUCGAUCCUCCGAAUGGUACCAUGCCGUCCGAGAGCGCUUACGUUUGCGAUGCACAUGGCAAGCGCCAUGAUUUCUUUCUAUCGUACCGCGUGGCCACCGACUCCGAAACUGUCAAUGCCCUCAAGAAUUUGCUCGUGCGCAUCUCCAAGCGCCGCUUCGGACAGUCUGUUUCUGUUUUCCAUGACGUGGACUGUCUGGGCGAUGCCCGCAGCUGGCGCGAAGGGUUCCUCGGAGCCCUCCCGCACAGCUCGGUCAUUCUCCUGCUUGUCAGCAAGGGCUCGAUGCAAAUCAUGAAGAACAAGAUCGAGGCGAAGCAGGAGGAUAACGUCGUAUUGGAGAUUGACAAAUCCCUCGACUUGAUGGACGGCGGCAAGGCUGCUGUGCUGCCGCUGUGCGUCGAUACCUCCACCGAGGGCUCGUUCGUGUCAUUCAGACCUUACCUGGUGCCUCUGCCGGCGACGCUUGACUUUGAGCGCCUGAACGCUGUCCUGGCACGCAUGAACCAGGUCCAGAUGUAUGGGUAUUGCCCUGAUCGCCCUCAUCGGCGACUCUAUCGUCUGCUGUCGCUGCUUCGUCCCGUCACCGUCGAUCCCGCCACAGCCGCUGCGCUCGACGCCAUGUUCUUCCCAGACUCGACCCGUCUCGUCUUCACCGACCACCUCGACCAGCUGCUCAAGACCGUCACCCUCACUGGGCGGUCCGUCGUCAGCGGCAUGGGGGGCAUGGGCAAGUCGACACUUGCGCGUCAGUUUCUGCAGUUCAUGAUGGGGAAACUGAGGGCCUGCAACCAGGACAGCCUCGAUACCCUUGCUCGCGACUCGGUUGGGAUCAAGCCCCAGUACUCGCAUGUAUACUGGGUCGACUGCAGCACCGAAUUGGCUGUGAUGGAGAGCUUCGGCCGGAUCCUUCCUGGCGUCGACAAAGACGAGCUCAAGGAGCAAACAGCCGCCUUCCUGGGUGCUACCCACGGCUAUUUGCUGGUCCUCGACAACGUUGACGAUAUUGCUCUCGCCAACUCGGUAUUUGAGCACUCCAAGCGCCAUGGAUUCGGGGGCGAUGUCGUUAUCACCACCCGUCUCCCGACUCUGCCGACCGGAAACCUGGUGGCUGCUCUCAAGCUUGGCUCUCCCGAGUUCGUCCAGGAACCACUGAAUCUAGCCUCGUGGCCGCAAGACAUCACGCACCAGUAUCUUCUCUCGACCUGUCCGCUGCUCGCGAGGAGAGUCACGAGCAGCGGGUCCAAGGAACUCUUUGGGAAUAUUGUCUCCCGCAUUGGUGGCUAUCCAAUAGUCAUCCAAGCCUUGGCUGCUUAUGUCGAAAGCAACGAUCCUCCGCUCGCUGAAAUGGAAUCCGAGUUCACCGAAGCACUUGGGGAGGGCGAGGAUGAUGACGACAGCGGCAGCCGAGCAUCGCUCACAGCAAUCGUGAAACUGUCGCUCGCCUCGCUCGAAGAUAGAGAAGGCAAGCCGGGCAUAGCCGCCUGCAAGCUGUUUGGGGCCAUCAGUACAGUGGCUCCAACGGAAAUCCCCCUCCAUCUGCUCAAGGGGCUCUCUGCCAAUCUUACAAGCGACUUUAGCGCCACCAAGCUGGUGCAGCUGCUGUGUCGAAGCGGGCUGUUGCGCCGCGAGUCCGACGAUAGCUACAGCACGCAUUCUCUGAUCCAGUUGGUUGCCUGGCGAUACAUUCAAAGUCACCCCAGCCUGUCCUUCCAAGAGAUCCAAGACACAGUCGGCCGCACGCUCCUCGAGCUGAUCAAGAAGCCUUUUGACCAGCGCUCCUUUGCCCUUGCUCGCCAUCUCGAGCAGUACGCUUCGGUCGCCAGCCCAGGCGCCUACACCAAGAGCGAAGAUGCCGAUAUCGAGCGGCGCGUGGGAGAGCUGGCGUACGCAAUGGGGUUCUAUGGACGAGCGGAUCGGAUCUUUGCGUCGAGUCUGAACAAGUCGAUCCGAUAUUUCGGCACGCGAACGAACCAGGCCGUUGCCGAUACCCUGCACUGCCAGGGCAAUGUUGCCCUCAGCCGCGGGCAGUACGACAAAGCACUCACACUCUACCAGGAGUCUCUUUCUAUCAAGACCCAGAUCUAUGGAGCCAGCGGACACGCAACUAUCGCAGAUACGCUCAAUAAUAUUGGGCUUGUUGCGCGAAACCAAGGACAGUUCCAGCAGUCGGAGCGAUAUCUCCAGGAGGCUCUGGACAUGUACCUCCUCGUGAACGGCACCCGCUGCCAUCCCUCGGUGGCCGCGGCCCUGCACGGCCUUGGGAACCUGUGCUAUAGUCAUGGGCAGCUCAAGAAAGCCAUGGAUCACUUCCAAGAAGUGCUCGCGAUCGAGAUCGAGUCGCUUGGAACACGCAGCCACCCUCAAGUUGCCGACACCCUCAACGAUCUGGGAAAUGUAGCCUCCGAUAUGGGCCGCUAUGCCGAAGCCACGGCCUAUUAUGAAGAAGCUCUGGAAAUCAAAAUCAAAUGCCACGGUACCCGCAACCACCCGUCAAUCUCCGAGACGCUUCAGAACCUUGGAAUCGUCGCCCGCAGCCAAGGGCAGCUCGACCUGGCCCUGGCCCGGAGCCAGGAGGCCCUCGAGAAUGUUGUGAAUAUCCAGGGGACCCGCAUCCACAGCAGUGUCGCAGACCUGCAAUGCAACAUCGGACAUAUCUUGCAUUCCCAGGGGCACUGGGAGAGCGCCUCGGAGUGCUUCCAAGAGUCUCUCGAUAUUCACACCAAAGUUCAUGGAACGCGCGCACAUCCUGCUGCCGUUUCGGCUGUGAUGGGCAUGGCGCAGAUCAUGACUUCUCGUGGGGACUAUGCUGCUGCAUCCCGCCACUACGAGGACGCCAUCGACAUCCUCCACCAGGCCUUUGGAACGAAACAGCAUCCCUCGGUGGUCGAAGCCAUCCACAACAUCGGGAACCUUGACAAGCUUCAGGGUCGAUACGAGCAGGCUCUCUCGCGCUAUCAGGAGGCUCUGGCAAUCAAAGUCGAGCUCCUUGGAACCCGAAAGCAUCCAGAUAUAGCCACGAUACUGAUGAACAUCGGAAGCGUUGAGAGCGCCCAAGGGCUGCCUGCCCUGGCACUCAAACAUCACCAAGAAGCUUUGGACAUUUACGUUGCUGCCUUUGGCACUCGCAUCCACCCAGACGUGGCAGAUGUUCUCGGAGCCAUGGGCAACACGGCCUUUGGUGAACGAGACCUCGAUGGUGCAUACAAAUACUACCAGGAAUGUCUGGACACACACGUAUCAAUCCACGGCACCCGAACCCAUCUCUCGGUGGCCACAGCGCUCCACAACAUCGGAAGCGUGCAGAAUCUCCGCGGCGACUUUGGCUCGGCUACGGAGUGCUUUCUGGAGGCCCUUGACAUUUUCGCCAAAAUCCACGGAACCAAGACCCACCCAAGCUUCGUGAACAUCCUGACGAGCCUGGGCAACGCUGCCAAGGGACAGCACCAGCUUGACAAAGCACUGGGCUAUUACCAGCAAGCCCUCGCCAUAAAGCGCGAGUGCGGCACCGCAGAAGAUCUCAUGGCGUCUGUCCUUCUGAGCACCAUGGCCAAGAUUGAGGAGGACCAAGACCAACAGUCGGAAGCACGCAGAUACUACGAAGAAUCGCUGGAUGUGCUCAAGACACUGGGUGCCCUGGAGAGCGAGCUUGCCGCCGAGGUGUGCAUGGGUGUGGCCCGAUUGGCUAUCCAGCAGGGCCGCAUCGCUGCCCAGCAGAGACAGCUUGAAGAUGCCCGUGCGCAUUUUGAGCGAGUUCUCAGAUUGUGCGCAGGUGCCUUUGGUACACAGCCGCAUCCAUUUACCGCCCAGGUCCUCUGUGAGCUCGCAUUGGUUCUCGAGAUGCAGGGCCAAUACCAGCUUGCGGCUGAGCGUUGCCAAGAGGCACUGUCGAUUCGCAAGCUCGCUCUCGGCGAGGAGCAUCCGCAGGUCGGUGCGGUGCUGCAGCAGCUCAAGUCGGUUAUGGACAAAGCAGCUCGAGCCGAACCAAGGGAAGCUGGCUUAGACAAAGCAGUACCGACUGAAGCGUCCAAACCAGAAGAGCCGGAGGAACACGAGCGAGAAGUGCAAGAAGCACACAACGAGCCGGAGAGGCAGGAGGAGCCAGAACCGCAUGAAGAGCACGAGCAAGAAUAUUUGGACGAAGAUGCUGUGGAGGAAAGCACAUCGGGGUGGUGUGUGGUAGCGUGAGUGUUUCCAAGCGAAACGGACCACUCUGGCUCUGCUUUUGUUGGACAUUUUCCUUUGACUCAAAUACACACGAUCGGCUCAAGUACAUCGGCAUUCGCCUCUCGGAAGCAGAGUAAGAGUCAGGCAUCCGGCUGCCUUGCCUGAGGUUCACUCGACACUUUCGUUGGCUCCACCCACACCAACGAAGGGG